ACAAAGCAUGAGGUUGCGGUGCAAGCGCAAUGAGGCACUUAACGUAGGUAAUUCUAGUGCUUAUAUUAGAGAAUAAUAUUUUUUAUCUUUAAUGAAUCUGUGAAAUUAUUCUCUUUGUGAGGCAUCGCGGCCGCGGCCUAAAGCAGAAGAAGGAACGGGGGUUUUAGUCCGUAAAAGUCUGAUACUCUUUCUCGUCUUACCCUGGGCGGGAGAAGUCAUUUGAUGAUUUUCCCCUGACAAAAAAGACUAUGCAAAACAUAUUUUGUACUUAGAUUUUAAACCUUAGUCUAAGAUAUGUUGAGACUCGAACUGCAGCACUUUUGACAUUUUGGUAAUUAUUACUAGGCUAGCUGUCAGUGCCUGUCCUGUCAGUUGCAAAUUAUUGUCACAAAGUGUAAAGAAAUUGUAUUGUAGCGUUCGUCGAAUCUAAGAAAAAUCUUUUGAAACCAAAUUAAGAAUAAUUGCUUGAAAUGGCUAGGCCAGGGAAAGAAGAUGCUGCUGAAGAUGCGAAGAAAAUAGUUGACGAUGCCAAGAAUUUUAUUGAAAAAGCAGUAGCAGAUAUUGGAAAAACGUCUGCAACAAAGCAGUUAAUUUUAGGAACUACGUCAGGAUGGAUUACUGGUUUCCUAUCUAUGAAAAUAGGGAAGAUAGCUGCAGUUGGAUUAGGUGGCAGUGUUAUACUAUUACAUAUUGCCAGCCAGAAGGGAUACAUCGACAUUAACUGGGAUAAAAUCAACAAGAGAGUUGAUAAAAUAAGUGAUAAGAUUGAAAAGGAAGCAACUGGAAAGUCUCCAGAUUGGAUUGAGAAAGUUGAACGAUUUGUGGAUCGUAAACUGGACAAAGCUGAAGAUCUGUUGAAGAAAAAAGAAGUCAAAGCUAAACGCUGGGUCCAUAACAUAACUGGAGAUGAUCACUAUCGUGCUACCGAAUCUCACGUAUUUCUGGCAUCUUUUGUUGCCGGAAUGGCAAUUGGUCUCCUUUGUGGAAAGUAGAUCGUAAGUCAUAAUUUGUAACAACAAACUUGUUGAAAAUAAUCAAAAAAUGUUAUAGUCAAUAUAUAGUAAUAUGACUAGGAACCUUUUCAUUACCUAUAAAGCUUUGAAUUUUAAAAAUAUCACAUUUAACAUCGUUAACAUCUUUUCUUUUUAAAACUACUUAGUAGGUACCUACUCAAAUUCGUAAUAUUAUGAUUGUCAAGAAGCAUAAUAGUCGUACUACUAAAAAAAGUAAUACUAAUUGUAGCGUUACAGACACCAUGCACGCCUAACCAGUAUAUUAUUGUUGCGAUGUGGUAUGUGGUUGUGAUAAGUGUGAAUAGAAAAACAUCUCGUUUAUAAAGUAUUAUUAUAAUUAUACAGUACGAUUCAAUCUUAAUGGCGUCUGUGAAGUUAGCUUCGAGUGCUGGUACGCACAUGUACAGUUAAGUUCACAAUAAUUUGAGUUAGAUUUAAUUAUUUUUAUACCUUGAAUAUUUUAAGUAUCGUAUCUAUAGGUACCUACUUACAAUAAAUCUGCAGAGAGGUCAAUUCUGUACCUACAUUAAAUAGAUUUUCAAAAUAACUACCAGGGGGAGAUAAGAUAUCGAUACUGAUGCCAAAAAUGCAAUACAUAAAUUUUUUGUCUUUUGUCAAAAACUACUUGACAGAUUUUAACAAAACUUGGUAUAAAUAUUCUUUAUACUCCUGGGCAGUUUCCGUCGCGUGUGUAACCUAAUGGUUUAAGUUACAUAGACAUUAUGUAAGACGGAAAUAUUCAACAAAUAAUUAUGAAAAAAAAAAUUACGGCGUUUGUCUAUCUUUUAGGGUUAACUCACAAUAGCACGUGUAACUCCUGAUAGCUUAGCAGUUCGGAUAAUAAGCUAUCGCGCCGUAGCAAAUGACCACUGAAUCAUGCUAUAAGGAUUAUUUUUGUGUAACGGUUGCCGCGCUCGACGCGACGGGGUAUAAAAUAUAAUAGGUUUUACUAAAUAUUUGUAAUAUUAGAUCCGUACCAUUCUAUCUAUGGACGGACGGACAGCGGAGAUGUACUAAGUAAUAGGGGAUUUACCCAUUGGAGAUGUACCCAUAAAAAUGAGAUGUACAAAUUUUAUGUACACUUCGAUUUUGUUAUAUUGUUGCUUUUUAUCAACACAGCACGCGCCGCUGGCGGAUCGUACAGUCAGUGAGAUCGUAAAGUAAUAUCAGUUGGCAAUAAGUAUGUUGCUGCCGCCACCCUUUUUUGAACGAGCUUCAAAGGAAUUUGAAUGCCGUCUUCAUUUUAAUUUUUUAUAAACUGCUUGACGUUAUACACCGUUUUUCUGGCAUCCCUGCAUAAAACGUGGUAUCGUCCGCUUGACACAUUAAAACACACCAACUCAAUAUAUUCUUCUCACAAAGAAUAACAGUCAAAAACUUAAGGUAAACAAGGAACCGAUAAAAACAAAAUUCAAGAACAAUUAAGACUUAACGGAACAAUAUCAAAAAAUCUUAACAAAUCAAUUACCAAAUAACAAAACAAUUACAAAAAACUAUGAGCUCGACUGUACGUCAGCAGUAAUGCGCGCAGCGUGCGUUCGUACCUAAAUAUAUUGCACAGCCGCUUUUUUGUAGCCAUCCGAACUUGGUCGGGUUAUGUAGGUUUUCGAUGCUUCGUCAGUAUUAUAAUUGUUUUUCGCUAAUUACUGAACUUAAUGACAUGACAUUUUGCAUGUGAAUAGUUGAAUGAAUACACUAAUUAUUGGCAUUGACAUUUUACCAUGCAAUUCAUUUAGAAAGUCGUGAUAUUUGACUGCUUUGUAAACAGUGAUCUAUUCAUGGUAAAUUUGUCCUAUAACUAUUUAAUUACUAACGGAACAUCGUUGAUACUUGGAAACAUGUUGCAGACACUUACAAGAUUUGUAUAAACGUGAAAAUCUAUCUAUAUAUAUAUCUAUAUAGAUAUCUAUCUAUCAAAGUGCAUACUUUAAGAACUAAGACCUAAUAAGCGUAUUUUACGUUUAUAUUUUUAUCUUUUAAACGCUACGAUAUUUUCUUAAUCUGAUUUUUAAACAAAUAUAAACAAAUUCAAAACAACGUAUUUAAAAAUCUACAGCUCUCUAUGUAAGCGCUUUAUAUGAAAACUAGCUAAUGGCCAAACGUUCGCGUAGCGGAAACUUGAAUUUCUCCGAAGUUUAUGCAUGCACUAGUUUUAUUCAUACAUACACAAUUACACACAAAUACACACUAAUUUUUGGAUACAUCUCUUUUCUUCUAAAGUCUAUGGAUUAAAAAAAGUUCCGCCAGGACAACGUUCGCCCAGCGGAAUCAGUUUUUGGUGAAUUUCUCCACAAUGGUUGCGUGCACAAUUUUUUUUUACCAUACACAAUUAUACGACGUCAUACACUAAAUAUCUGCAUAAUUAAAAUCUUUAAAUUCAACAACAUUCCGCUGCACGAACGCACGCAUGCGCGCAAGUGUGCAGAAACGUAUGAUGUUCAUAGCCGCUAUUAAGUUUAAAUCGUACUAUACCUAUAUGUUAUACAUUAUUAGUAGUAGUGCUUAUUAGAUCAACCUCUAGAUUUUUGUAGUGAGAAUUAAUGUAGGAUAUAUAAAAUUAAAAAUGUACCUAUUAAUAAAUUAUUUACGUAAUUAAAAAAAAAAACAAUA